AUGGUUGUUGCAGAGUUCAAAUUUUGCAAUCAGACCAUCUCGCAUCCUGUUUCAGGAUCAAUUACUGUCAAGGAGAUGAUAAGUGUGGUGAAACAAAAGUGGCCUUAUGUCCCUGAAGACCUCAUUCUUUUUGGUUACACUGUAGAAGGGAUCUCAAAUAUUAUCAAUCAUGAUUUGGAUUUGAGGUUUCUCAUUCACUACUGCACCUCACAAGGGAUUGACUUGGUGAAGUUUGAAAUCCAGUUAAGGACCUGUGUUGAUUUUAUUUCUUCAUAUUCUGCCCCUGCUCCUGCUUCUUCGUCAUCAUCAAAUUGUAUUUCAAGCGAUGAGGUAGUUGAAUUGGAAGACGUCACUGAUGAUGCGUGGAUCUAUCCAGUUGCAUUUGAAAUUGUUGAAAGUGAAAAUUGUGAUAGUUGGGAAUGGUUCUUAACCAAUUUGAAGGGUAUUAUUCAUGAAGAUCGUCCACUGACAAUCAUAUCAGAUCGUGGAAUUGGCCUUUUGAAGCAUGUGCCUGUAGUCUUCCCAAAGGCUUUCCAUUCCUACUGUUUGUACCAUAUGAAAGGAAAUAUUCCUAUUCCAAAGGGCAUGAGCAGACAAACUGCAGUCAAGUUAUUCGAAGAGUGCUACACUACAUUAACAAAGGAAAAAAUUUAUGCUGCUGCGAAGAGUAUGAGUAAUCUAAAGUUGGAUUCAGUGGUUGCUUGGAUGAUGAAGAUUCCAUUUGAGAAUUGGGCUUCUCAUGCAUUUCUAGGAGAAAGGUGGGGUGAGAACACAUCUAAUAUUGAUGAGAGUUUUAACAACGUCAUUAAUCAUGAUAAGGCGCUUCCAGCACUUGAGCUUGUUGAUGUUAUUCGUGCUAAAGUGAUGGAGCAGAAUUACAAGAGGUUAGUGGAGUCUAACAAUUGGACUACAAGGCUCACUCCUCGUAUGCAAGCAAGGUUUAACAAAAGGAUAAAUGACUGUCGUUCAUACAAGUUUCGGAGAGCAAGUGAGAAGGUAUUUGAGAUCAUAUCUCCAACAGGGAAGCAUACUGUUGACUUGGAUUCUAGAACUUGCACCUGCAAAUGGUGGCAAAAACAUAGCUUUCCUUGCACUCAUGCAAUGAAAGCAAUGUUGCAGAUUGGAAAUGAUGAACCGUACAACUACAUCAGCCCUUAUUAUACUUCUGACUACUAUAGAAGGUUGUACUCUCGACCCAUUUAUCCUAUUCCUGACUCUGAGAAGCCACCUAGAAUUAAUGAAAAUGGGUAUAUUUUGCCUCCCAGCGGUGGUCGAGAACAAGCUGGAAGACCUAAAGGUGUUAGGUACAGGGGUUCUCGUGAAAAGGUGUGGAAGAAGAGGAAGUGUGGCCAGUGUGGGAUGCUGACCUUUCACAACCGUCGAACAUGUCGCAGAGCUCCUUUGGCUCCUCGUGCACCAACGUUUCGCAAGGAGUCUCAUUCCAGGAUUAUCAACUUCUUGAAGAGGAUGUUGUUAUGA